AUGGCUGCCAGACCUGCACCUGCAAGGUGAGUAUGUCUGCCAUACACUGACACACAGGUACAUACAGUACGUACCAACAUACACUUACAUACGUUGACUAAAUGGUGAUUCUUUGCUCUCUCUUUCUGUGGGUUGCGCUAGGAGGGUAGUAUGGUGUGUUCCCCCCCUUCCUGCCCCCCCGUCGACUGCUCUGAACAGGAGACACUUCAUGGAGAGUGCUGCCCUAGCUGUAGAGGUUUGUAUAAUUCAUACACUCUGUCAGAAGAAAUGGUGUGUUCUUAUUACUGACAUAUGCAUUUAUUUGUGAUGGGGUGUCUGUAGGUUGUAUCCAUACAGGCAUCCGUUACCACCACAGAGCUAAAUGGAGACCAUCAGAAAACCCCUGUAGUCUCUGUUACUGUCUGGUGAGUCUCUCUCUCUCGCUCUUUUUCUCUCGCUCUUUCUCUCGCUCUUUCUCUCUCGUUCUUUCUCUCUCUCUCUUUUUCUCUCUCUCUCAUCCUCUCUUUCUCCUUCUUUCUCUCUCUCUUUUGCUCUUUCUAUUUCUCAUAAUCCUCUAGAGAUGGCUUCAUGUGCUGACAGGAAUUUACUUUUACUGUAGAUUAAUUUCCUGACCUUUAACUUUUGCCAGGAGGGUGUUGUUAAAUGUGAGACAGAGAGGUGUAGCCCUCCAUGUCGGAACCCCGCCUCCCCACCACCCAAUACCUGCUGCCCAGUCUGCCAUGGUGAGACACCCGCUUUGCAUGUGCGUGUGUGUGUGUGUGCGCGCGCAUGUGUGUGUGUGUGUGUGUGUGUGGAAUUGAGUAUACAGUGACAGUGUGUGUUUAUGUGUGUUUCAGGUUGUGGAAUGAAUGGCCAGGACUUCCUGAAUGGAGCCCAGGUCCCUAGUGUAGACCGCUGUCAGGAGUGUGUGUGUGUGGUAAGACUUUGAGAGAGCUCUGUCUCUGUAAGUCGCUCUGGAUAAGAGCGUCUGCUAAAUGACUAAAAUGUAAAUGUAAAUGUAUGUCAAAUAUUUGUGCAUACAGUAUGUCUAAAACGGACUCUGAAGUGUGUGUGCGUGUUUCUCGUCUCUCUCUCUCUCCUCAGAAUGGAGAUGUCCACUGCUCGCCUCGACCCUGCCCCGCCGUUUCCUGUCCGAACUCUGUCCGUCGCCCCGGAGACUGUUGCCCACGGUAGCACACACAUAAAGCCUCCAGUAUCAUAGCUGUAGUAGCACAUGUAGUUAAAAAUGCAUCACCUUUCGCCUGUGUGUGUUAUAGGUGUGAGCAGUGUGAGUAUGACUCUCAGGUGUUGAUGUUCCCCUCCAGGACAGAUCCCUGUUUCCGCUGCCAUUGCUCUGUGAGUACUGACUAUGUGUGUGGAUGUGUUCAAGUCGGGAAUCAGUAUGGCCACAACAAAAAAGUGACAUAUUGGAAGUAUAUGAAUAGGCUGUUGAGGUGUCAUUUGAUGUGUUUCUCUCUCUCCUAUAGGCUGGAAAGUUGUCAUGUGAUAUGUUUCUCUCUUACCAAUAGGCUGGAGAGGUGUCAUGUGAGCGUAUGGAUGCAUCAUGUCCUCCUCUGCGUUGUAGCCACCCUGCCAAGCCUAGAGGACAGUGCUGUCCCACCUGUGAUCGUGAGUUCAGCCGUCCGCAGUCUUCACACUCUAUCUUCUAACCUUCACCACUAUCUACCCCAUCGGAUCUCUUUGUGUGUGUGUCUUUGCAGAAUGUGAGUACGAGAGGAGAGUCUACGUUAAUGGUAACGUUUUUAACCCAGCUGGAAGUGGACCUUGUGUCCAGUGCAGCUGCAAGGUGGGUCUGAACACACACAUAGAUAUACAGUGGGGGAAAAAGUAUUUAGUCAGCCAACCAAUUGUGCAAGUUCUCCCACUUAAAAAGAUGAGAGAGGCCUAUAAUUUUCAUUAUAGGUACACGUCAACUAUGACAGACACACACAUUCAUGCACAUACUAAUGAACAAUACGUAAGUUCUCAGUGUGUGUGUGUGUGUAUCAGGGUGGAAAUGUGAGGUGCCAAGAGGAGAGGUGUCCUCCGGUCCAGUGUUCCAACCCCAUCAUCGACCCCCAGUUCUGCUGCCCCAUCUGCAAUGGUACCACACACAACUGAAUAUUAUUUUGCAACAAUAAUAACUUCCUAUACAUACAGAGAUAAAGACAGGAAUAUAUCUUAACUUUAUCAAUCCUUCACCCCCCUCUCUCUAUAGUGUGUGUGUUGGAGGGGUUGGAGUAUGAGGAGGGUUCUCAGUGGCAGGCUGAGGGCUGCUCCAGCUGUACCUGUCUAAACGGAGAAGUGGUGUGUACACACACACACUGUCCCCCCACCGCCUGCACACACCCCACCAAGACCACCGGUAAGACUGUGUGAGUGUGCAUGUCUGUCUAUGUGUAUUUAUUUGAAAUGGCUAUCUUUCUUUUCCAUUCUUCCAUUCUAUUGUCUUUUUCCUCUCUCUCUAGGUUCGUGCUGUGCAGAGUGUGAGCGCUGUACCUUCAACCAGCGUAUCUAUAGAAACAGACAAACCUUUACACACCCCGACCAGCCCUGUCAUACCUGCACCUGUCUGGUGAGAGGACACACACACAGGCAAACAUACACACAAACAUAACAUACUGCAACAUAGAAUUGCAUAACAUGGUCCUACCCCCCACUCCCCAGGACGGUACAGUGCAGUGUGUGAGGAGAGCCUGUCCCCCCCUGAACUGUUCCAACACACACACACCGCAUAGAGAGUGCUGCCCUAAAUGCCCAGGUACUCUUCGCCUAAAACACACACACAUAUAUUAACCUUGUAAAUGCAAAACACAUGGGUUUUCUAAGUGUAUUUCUGCCUGUGUGUUUGUUCCAGACUGUUCCUUUGAGAAUCGUGUGUUUGUGGACGGCGAGGCGUUCCCCAGCCCGGUGAGUGUGUGUGAGGAGUGUGUGUGUGUGUCAGGGAGGGUCAACUGCCACGCAUCAGAAUGCCCCCGGCCUCACUGCACCACCCCCCUCCCAGGGACCUGCUGCCAGAACAACUGUAACGGUACACACACACCCACACACACAGACACAGACAUACACAGACAUACACACACGUGGGCAUACACACACACACAUAUAUAUAGUGUCAAAACAUGUCUAAGUAAAUAACACCCUUUUUGCAGGGUGUAGCUACGCUGGGAAAGAGUACCCCAACGGACAAGAGUUCCCCCAUCCCACUGACAACUGCAGGACCUGCCACUGUAUAGUAAGAACACACACAACACCACCAUCAAUGUUGAGGGUUAUCCGUAAUCCAGUGUUUUGCCCAUUCUAAAAUUGCCAUCCUACUGUAGCUCAAGGUUUGUGUGACAGUCCCGUGUGCCUACAACCAUGAAACUGUUCAAAUCAAAUCAAAUCAAAUCAAAUUGUAUUUGUCACAUGCGCCGAAUACAACAGGUGAAAUGCUUACUUACAAGCCCUUAACCAACAAUGCAGAAAAUAAGUGUUAAGUAAAAAAUAGAUAACUAAAAAAUAAAAAUAACAAGUAAUUAAAGAGUAGCAGUAAAAUAACAGUAGCGAGGCUAUAAACAGAGGGUACCGGUGCAGAGUCAAUGUGCAGGGGUUAGUCGAUGUAAUUGAGGUAAUACAGUUGAAGUCGGUAAUGUACAAACACCUUAGCCAAAUAAAUGUAAACUCCGUUUUUCACAAUUCCUGACAUUUAAUCCUAGUAAAAAUUCCCUGUUUUAGGUCAGUUAGGAUCACCACUUUAUUUUAAGAAUGUGAAAUGUCAGAAUAAUAGUAGAGAAUGAUUUAUUUAAGCAUUCUUUCAUCAUAUUCCCAGUGGGUCAGAAGUUUACAUACACUCAAUUGGUAUUUGGUAGCAUUGCCUUUAAAUUGUUUAACUUGGGUCAAAUGUUUCGGGUAGCCUUCCACAAGCUUCCCACAAUAAGUUGGGUGAAUUUUGUCCCUUUCCUCCUGACAGAGCUGGUGUAACUGAGUCAGGUUUGUAGGCCUCCUUGCUAGCACACGCUUUUUCAGUUCUGCCCACACAUUUUCUAUAGGAUUGAGGUCAGGGCUUUGUGAUGGCCACUCCAAUACCUUGACUUUGUUGUCCUUAAGCCAUUUUGCCACAACUUUGGAAGUAUGCUUGGGGUCAUUGUCCAGUUGGAAGACCCAUUUGCGACCAAGCUUUAACUUCCUGACUGAUGUCUUGAGAUGUUGCUUCAAUAUAUCCACAUAAUUUUCCUUCCUCAUGAUGCCAUCUAUUUUGUGAAGUGCACCAGUCCCUCCUGCAGCAAAGCACCCCCACAGAAUGAUGCUGCCACCCCCCCGUGCUCCACGGUUGGGAUUGGUGUUCUUCGGCUUGCAAGCUACCCCCUUUUUCCUCCAAACAUAACGAUGGUCAUUAUGGCCAAACAGUUCUAUUUUUCUUUCAUCAGACCAGAGGACAUUUCUGCAAAAAGUACGAUAUUUGUCCCCAUGUGCAGUUGCAAACCGUAGUCUGGCUUUUUUAUGGCGGUUUUGGAGCAGUCGCUUCUUCCUUGCUGAGUGGCCUUUCAGGUUAUGUCGAUAUAGGACUCGUUUUACUGUGGAUAUAGAUACUUUUGUACCUGUUUCCUCCAGCAUCUUCACAAGGUCCUUUGCUGUUGUUCUGGGAUUGAUUUGCACUUUUCACACCAAAGUAUAUUCAUCUCUAGGAGACAGAACGCGUCUCCUUCCUGAUCGGUUUGACGGCUGCGUGAUCCCAUGGUGUUUAUACUUGCAUACUAUUGUUUGCACAGAUGAACGUGGUACCUUCAGGCAUUUGGAAAUUGCUCCCAAGGAUGAACCAGACUUGUGGAGGUCUACAAUUUUUUUCUGAGGUCUUGGCUGAUUUCUUUUGAUUUAUUCCCAUGAUGUCAAGCAAAGAGGCACUGAGUUUGAAGGUAGGCCUUGAAAUACAUCCAUAGGUACGCCUCCAAUUGACUCAAAUGAUGUCAAUUAGCCUAUCAGAAGCUUCUACAGCCAUGACAUCAUUUUCUGGAAUUUUCCAAGCUGUUUAAAAGCACAGUCAACUUAGUGUAUGUAAACCUCUGACCCACUGGAAUUGUGAUACAGUGAAUUAUAAGUGAAAUAAUCUGUCCGUAAACAAUUGUUGGAAAAAUUACUUGUCUCAUGCACAAAGUAGAUGUCCUAACCGACUUGCCAAAACUAUAAUUUGUUAACAAGAAAUUUGUGGAGUGGUUGAAAAAAGAGUUUUAAUGACUCCAACCUAAGUGUAUGGGUGAGCAGUUGCCAUACGCUCUACCCUCUGUAGUGCCUUGCGGUCGUAGGUCGAGCAGUUGCCAUACCAGGCAGUGAUGCAACCAGUCAGGAUGCUCUCAAUGGUGCAUCUGUAGAUCUUUUUGAGGACCCAUGCCAAAUCUUUUCAGUCUCCUGAGGGGGAAUAGGCUUUGUCAUGCCCUCUUCAUGACUGUCUUGGUGUGUUUGGAAAGGCCCAUACCUUGUGUGUGUUGUAGAAUGGUAACGUCCAGUGCUUGAUGAGGAGGUGUCCACCGUUGGGGUGCUCCAACCCCAACCUGCUGCCUGGAGAAUGCUGCCCCCAAUGCCCAGGUACGCAACUACAGGCAGGGACAAAGAUUGAGUAAUUGAAAUUAAAAGUAAAUGUAUUAUUUUAUGUCAUAAAUGAUUCUAUGUGUCUGUGCAGCCCCCCCUGCUGACUGUGUAUAUGAGGGUCGGCCCUACAGACACACUGAGCGUUUCUAUGACCCCGCUGACCCCUGUCGAUCAUGCCUCUGCACCAAUGGGACGUCUCGAUGCCAGCGCAAGCCCUGCCCCCUUGCUCACUGCUCACACCCCAUACAGCAGGAGUGCUGCAGGACCUGCGACGGUACGACACUUCUACAUAACAUGACAUUAUACUUCAUACAGCCUGCAUAGCAUGACAUUGCACUUCACACAGCCUACAUAACAUGACAUUGCACUUCAUACAGCCUACAUAACAUGACAUUACACUUCAUACAGCCUACAUUACAUGAUAUUACACAUACAGCCCACGUGUGUGUUUCAGGCUGUCUGUAUGAGGGUCGGGAGCGGGCCAACGGGGAGUCAUGGGGUGAUGUGUCGGACCCGUGUGGAGUGUGUGUGUGUCGCGAGGGUUCCGUCCACUGUGAGAGGAAACGUUGCCCUGCUGUCAGCUGUCCCUACCCCAUACAGAGAGAGUGCUGCCUAGCCUGUGAUGGUGAGACACCUUGUGGGAUACGGUGUGUGUGUCUUUGUGUGUUUGUCUGUGUCUGUUUGUCUAAAUCAGUCCCUGAUUAGAGGGGAAUGAUUAAAACCCUUCUCUCCACCCUUCUCUCGCUCUCUCUCUGCAGGCUGUAUGUAUGGGGGUAAGGAGUAUCCUGAUGGCUAUGAGUUUCUCAGUGGAGAGGACCCGUGUCGAGUGUGUACGUGUUACGCAGGUGAUGUGGUGUGUAGCCAGCUACCCUGCUACCAGGACUGCACACACCCCUACAAACCACCCGGCCAGUGCUGCGGAGAGUGUAACCGUGCGUACACACACACACCUCAUACCCACACCAUAUCUCAGUGUUCCUCUAAGUAACAUAUUUACAAUGUUUCUCCUUUAGACAUGGUUUCUAUGGCAAUUUCUUCCUGUGACAGGUUGUUCCCAUGGCAAUGUGGUCCUCAUCAGCAGCCAGUCCAUCCCUGACCCCACUGACCCCUGCUCAGAGUGUACCUGCCAGGUAACACACUAUUCAGUGUUUAAUACACAAUGGAAAGAAAGUAUACCCAAACAAGCAUCAGCUAAGCUUGAACAAAAAGGGAUUCAGGUGCUCAACUGAGGGACUUGAAAAUCCCCCAAAUAAGUAUUAUCCCAGUACACUUCGACGGGUGACUGUCCAGGAAAAUAAAGGAAAAGGAGCACUCUGUUUCUGCAUAGAUCUGAUUAUUUAUUGACGGGACAUACAUUCAGGCUUACGUUUCGGCGUAAUCGCCUUCAUCAGACACCUAUUUGUACUUUGUAUGUGUAACUGUAACUUUAUUUUUCUCUUUCUCUCGCUCUCCCUCCCGCUCUCUCUCCUCUCUAUAUCUCUCUCUCUCUCUGUCUGUAGGGUGGAUCAGUGAGGUGUGUGAAGAUGUUGUGUCCUCCAGCCUCCUGCUCUCAUCCUGCCACCAGCCCCUGUGGCUGCCCCGUGUGUGACGGUACUCUACCCACUAUAACAUGUCUGUCUGUCUGUCUUUCUGUCUGACAGUGACAUUAAUGUUUUUGUUAUGUGUGUAUGUCUGCCUGCCUGCCUGUGUGUGUGUGUGUGUGUGUGUGUGUGUGUGUGUGUGUGUGUGUAGGCUGUGUGUUCAAGGGCGGAGCUUACGUUGAUGGACAGGUCUUCCCUGGAACCAGAGGAACCUGUGAUGACUGCACAUGCUCAGUAAGUGGUCAAGUGUCAGGGUCAGAGUUCAGGGUGGGGUCAAAGUUAAAUGGCUGCGUUGCCUAAUUCUCUGCAAUCCUCUUUCUGCACAUGUGCGAGAUUCUCUACUUUACUACUCCUUCCGCUGCCGCAGCAUAUCAAACACAAGCAGGACUCAGACAGGCAGUCUAUAUAGCGAUGUAAUGCUCUUUUUUAAAAUCAUCAUUGCAAACAUUGCCUAAGCAGGAAGCAGACAGGGAGUCAAAGUAUUAGUGUUCUUUUUUCAGUUUUUAACAGUUGUAUGUUAUUUGUGGUUAAAACGCAGAUUGUUUUUGCCCCAAAGCAGUGUGUAGACUGCACUGUAAAGCCGGAUAAGUUCUGGCUACUCAUUGAGGAAACCGAUUACCUAAACAAAAAAUAGUUAAGAAAGUGAAACAGCUGAAGUGAGCAGUACUACCUUCAUAGUUUUUUGAUUAAGGUAUACUUAAAUUGAAUGCCCCCACUAAGCCACGACUCCAAUAAUUUCCCAGUGUGCUUUGCCUUUUCGAUUGAAUUGUAGAGUUACCACCCAUGACUGUAUUUGUUCUUGACAGAGACAUGGUUGUUGUAUUCGUUCAUUUAGUCCUGUGGCCUUCACCAAGUGAGUUCCUAGGUGAAUAUUAUCAGUAUAAUUUAACCAUUACAUAUAUCAUAAGGCCUUAUACAGUGGCCUGAAACUCAUAGUUUACAGCCCACAUCAGGCCUGCAAGUAGGGUUGCAACAUUCCACAAACUUUCCCCAAAACUAUUCCAGUAAUCUUCCAACCAGGAGUUCUGGAAAACCUGGGAAAUGUACCAUAAUUUUGCAACCCUAACUGUAAAACACAUUAUGCUGGCUUUCAGUAACGGGUGCAAAAAUGCAAUUAUUGGAUUAGUUUAGAUUUUUUUUGUAUCUUUGUGUAGCAUAACAUUUAAUCAAUCAAUCACUCAAUGUACAGUGGGGAAAAAAAGUAUUUAGUCAGCCACCAAUUGUGCAAGUUCUCCCACUUAAAAAGAUGAGAGAUGCCUGUAAUUUUCAUCAUAGGUACACGUCAACUAUGACAGACAAAUUGAGGAAAAAAAAUUCCAGAAAAUCACAUUGUAGGAUUUUUAAUGAAUUUAUUUGCAAAUUAUGGUGGAAAAUAAGUAUUUGGUCACCUACAAACAAGAAAGAUUUCUGGCUCUCACAGACCUGUAACUUCUUCUUUAAGAGGCUCCUCUGUCCUCCACUCGUUACCUGUAUUAAUGGCACCUGUUUGAACUUGUUAUCAGUAUAAAAGACACCUGUCCACAACCUCAAACAGUCACACUCCAAACUCCACUAUGGCCAAGACCAAAGAGCUGUCAAAGGACACCAGAAACAAAAUUGUAGACCUGCACCAGGCUGGGAAGACUAAAUCUGCAAUAGGUAAGCAGCUUGGUUUGAAGAAAUCAACUGUGGGAGUAAUUAUUAGGAAAUGGAAGACAUACAAGACCACUGAUAAUCUCCCUCGAUCUGGGGCUCCACGCAAGAUCUCACCCCGUGGGGUCAAAAUGAUCACAAGAACGGUGAGCAAAAAUCCCAGAACCACACGGGGGGACCUAGUGAAUGACCUGCAGAGAGCUGGGAACAAAGUAACAAAGCCUACCAUCAGUAACACACUACGCCGCCAGGGACUCAAAUCCUGCAGUGCCAGACGUGUCCCCCUGCUUAAGCCAGUACAUGUCCUGGCCCGUCUGAAGUUUGCUAGAGUGCAUUUGGAUGAUCCAGAAGAGGAUUGGGAGAAUGUCAUAUGGUCAGAUGAAACCAAAAUAUAACUUUUUGGUAAAAACUCAACUCGUCGUGUUUGGAGGACAAAGAAUGCUGAGUUGCAUCCAAAGAACACCAUACCUACUGUGAAGCAUGGGGGUGGAAACAUCAUGCUUUGGGGCUGUUUUUCUGCAAAGGGACCAGGACGACUGAUCCGUGUAAAGGAAAGAAUGAAUGGGGCCAUGUAUCGGGAGAUUUUGAGUGAAAACCUCCUUCCAUCAGCAAGGGCAUUGAAGAUGAAACAUGGCUGGGUCUUUCAGCAUGACAAUGAUCCCAAACACACCGCCCGGGCAACGAAGGAGUGGCUUCGUAAGAAGCAUUUCAAGGUCCUGGAGUGGCCUAGCCAGUCUCCAGAUCUCAACCCCAUAGAAAAUCUUUGGAGGGAGUUGAAAGUCCGUGUUGCCCAGCGACAGCCCCAAAACAUCACUGCUCUAGAGGAGAUCUGCAUGGAGGAAUGGGCCAAAAUACCAGCAACAGUGUGUGAAAACCUUGUGAAGACUUACAGAAAACGUUUGACCUGUGUCAUUGCCAACAAAGGGUAUAUAACAAAGUAUUGAGAAACUUUUGUUAUUGACCAAAUACUUAUUUUCCACCAUAAUUUGCAAAUAAAUUCAUAAAAAAUCCUACAAUGUGAUUUUCUAGAUUUUUUUUCCUCAUUUUGUCUGUCAUAGUUGACGUGUACCUAUGAUGAAAAUUACAGGCCUCUCUCAUCUUUUUAAGUGGGAGAACUUGCACAAUUGGUGGCUGACUAAAUACUUUUUUUCCCCACUGUACAUGCAAAACACAGAUAUUAAAAACAAUUCCAAAAAUAUCAACCUGCAGUAUAGCAUGUUGUGAGAAAAGUUAAUUUGUUAUCAUAUCUUUACAAAAUGUAGUUGGUGUGACUUCUCAUUUAGUUUUGAGUCAGUACCACAUAAACAUUUCAAGUAAUAAUUACUUUUCAUUGACUUUGAGUACAACUUACUACAAGUGUUUGAGUAAAAAAUGCCUUGGGGUUUACAGUGUGGGUCCUGAUUGUGCUACUGCAAUAUCCUUAGUUACAACAGAAAGAGAAAGUUGAAACCUACAUCCUAAAUUUGCCUACAAAAUAUAUAUAUAUAUUUUUGGAAUGUUCGUUCAAAUCGCCUCAGAUUUAUGUCGGCUGUUCAGAAAUAUGAGGCAGAGACGUAGGCUACAUCAGGGUUUCCCAAACUCGGUCCUGGAGCCCCACCUGGGUGCAUGUUUUGUUUUUUGCCCUAGCACUACAUAGCUGAUUCAAUUAACCAAUUCAUAAUCAAGCUUUAAUUAUUUGAAUCCGCUCUGUAGUGCUAGGGCAAAAAACUAAACGUGCACCCAGGGGGGUUCCCAUGACGAGUUUGGGAAAUCCUGGGUUACAUCAUCAUGUCGAUCAAAUUGGUUGAUAGGAAGGGUUCAGAAGAGGGUGAGUAAUGUGAAGGGAGGGUGAUGUUUACAGUGAGGGAAAAAAGUAAGUUUGCCCACUGACAAAGACAUGAUCAGUCUAUAAUUUUAAUGGUAGGUUUAUUUGAACAGUAAGAGACAGAAUAACAACAAAAAAUUCCAGAAAAACGCAUGUCAAAAAUGUUAUAAAUGGAUUCGCAUUAUAAUGAGGGAAAUAAUUAUUUGACCCCUCUGCAAAACAUGACUCAGUACUUGGUGGCAGAACCCAUGUUGGCAAUCACAGAGGUCAGACGUUUCUGUAGUUGGCCACCAGGUUUGCACACAUCUCAGGAGGGAUUUUGUUCCACUCCUCUUUGCAGAUCUUCUCCAAGUCAUUAAGGUUUCGAGGCUGACGUUUGGCAACUCGAACCUUCAGCUCCUUCCACAGAUUUUCUAUGGGAUUAAGGUCUGGAGACUGGCUAUGCCACUCCAGGACUUUAAUGUGCUUCUUCUUGAGCCACUCCUUUGUUGCCUUGGUCUUGGGUCAUUGUCAUGCUGGAAUACCCAUCCACGACCCAUUUUCAAUGCCCUGGCUGAGGGAAGGAGGUUCUCACCCAAGAUUUGACGGUACAUGGCCCCGUCCAACGUCCCUUUGAUGCGGUGAAGUUGUCCUGUCCCCUUAGCAGAAAAACACCCCCAAAGCAUAAUGUUUCCACCUCCAUGUUUGACGGUGGGGAUGGUGUUCUUGGGGUCAUAGGCAGCAUUCCUCCUCCUCCAAACAAGGUGAGUUGAGUUGAUGCCAAAGAGCUCGAUUUUGGUCUCAUCUGACCACAACACUUUCACCCAGUUCUCCUCUGAAUCAUUCAGAUGUUCAUUGGCAAACUUCAGACGGGGCUGUAUAUGUGCUUUCUUGAGCAGGGGCACCUUGCGGGUGCUGCAGGAUUUCAGUCCUUCACGGCGUAGUGUGUUACCAAUUGUUUUCUUGGUGACUAUGGUCCCAGCUGCCUUGAGAUCAUUGACAAGAUCCUCCCUUGUAGUUCUGGGCUGAUUCCUCACCGUUCUCAUGAUCAUUGCAACUCCACGAGGUGAGAUCUUGCAUGGAGCCCCAGGCCGAGGGAGGUUGACAGGUCUUUUGUGUUUCUUCCAUUUGCGAAUAAUCGCACCAACUGUUGUCACCUUCUCACCAAGCUGCUUGGUGAUGGUCUUGUAGCCCAUUCCAGCCUUGUGUAGGUCUACAAUCUUGUCCCUGACAUCCUUGGAGAGCUCUUUGGUCUUGGCCAUGGUGGAGAGUUUGGAAUCUGAUUGAUUGAUUGCUUCUGUGGACAGGUGUAUUUUAUACAGGUAACAAGCUGAGAUUAGGAGCACUCCCUUUAAGAGUGUGCUCCUUAUCUCAGCUCGUUACCUGUAUAAAAGACACCUGGGAGCCAGAAAUCUUUCUGAUUGAGAGAGGGUCAAAUACUUAUUUCCCACAUUAAAAUGCAAAUCAAUUUAUAACAUUUUUGACAAAUGCGUUUUUCUGGAUUUUUUUGUUGUUAUUCUGUCUCUCACUGUUCAAAUAUACCUACUAUUAAAAUUAUAGACUGAUCAUUUCUUUGUCAGUGGGCAAACGUACAAAAUCAGCAGGGGAUCAAAUACUUUUUUCCCUCACUGUAUGUAAAGUAACACACGCGCAGCCUCAGUCAAGAAGUUAGUGUGAAAAAUAAAAUAAUAAUUGCUCCAUGUCAGUUAGACAUCUGAUCCAAUUAAGUAUUUGUGUGUUCAUGUUUGCAUUGAUAUGUGUGUGACGGCUGUUGAUGCGUUUUCUUGUGUUUGUGUGCGUUUACAUUUGUGUGUAUGUGUGUGUAGAGAGGAGAGGUAGUGUGUGUGAAGCGGAGUUGUCCUGCUGUGUCCUGUCCACACCCUGCGCUGGACGGUUGUGUGUGCGGUGUGUGUGAUGGCUGUCGCUUCAACGGACGAGACUGUUCCAAUGGAGAGCGCUUCCCGCACCCCUCAGACCACUGUCAACGCUGCACAUGCCUGGUACACACAUACACCACAAACUUCAUACACACAUACACUGUGUCUGUAUGUGACCAACCUUCGAUACUCCACUGAGAUAAAACUUAAGGCUUAGACAGUAAUGGGGGCUAACACAAAUCUUCAGGUCUCUGGAGAGACACAAUGUUAUUACUGUAUUUGCUCUAGUUUUGGUACAUGUUUCUAUGUGUAUGUGACUGUGUGUAGAACGGUGGUGUGGUGUGUGUGUCAGGGUCGUGCCCGCCCGUGUUGUGUGCGCGUCCUGUGGUCCCUCAAGGGGAGUGCUGCCCCAUCUGCAGAGGGGUGUGCCUUUACCAGGGGGAGGAGUUUCAGUCUGGGACUUCCUUCACCCCCCCCACUGACCCCUGCUCCACCUGCAGCUGUCUGGUGAGAAUACAGCUUUAACUCUUCCCCCUGUCCCUCCCUCUAUCUCUUUGAAGUGUCUGUCUAUCCUCUUAUAUCACUGUUUCCCAGUUGUUCCAUAUUGUGCUAUUCUACACCUCUGUCCCAUCUUUCUCUCCCUCCAUCUUUCUCGCUCUCUCCCCUCUCUCUCUCUAGAAUGAAGUGGUGACGUGUCAUAAAAAGCUGUGUCCUGUUCAAUGUUCCCACCCCCUCCCCUCUGAAUCAUCCAAUGGCUGCUGUCCACUGUGUGAGGCCUGCCUCUACGGGGGUGUGGUCUACUCUAACAGGUAGGUCUAAUUCCACACACACACCCUCUGACGCCCACACACACACACACACACACUGUUACCCACUCACACACCUUCACUGUUACGUCUCGCUCCUGUGACAAGCUGGAUGUCUGUAAACACUCUCCUCUCUCCCCUAACAGACAAACCUUCACCCCAGCAGCCACACCCCUCACCCCAGGGCUAGCCAAUCCCUGUCAGCGCUGUACCUGUGUGAGGGGGAGUGUCACUUGCGUGCCCCUCCUCUGCCCCCCCACCUCCUGCCCCCAACCAAUCACACUGCCAGGAGACUGCUGCCCCCAGUGUGCAGGUAAACCCACAAACUGAAUGAAAACAUGGAAUAUCUCAUGUUUUCCAUCCAACUAUUUUGCAGGUUAGGGUGCAUUAGAGAAUGUUGCUAUUAAAAUCCCUGUGUGUUUGUUUCUCUCAGUGUGUGUAUACCAGGGUGAGGAGUACAGUGAGGGACAGCAGUGGACUCCCAGCUCCAACUUCUGCACUACAUGUGCCUGUCAGGUCAGACUAUACCUCCUCUCUCUUUCCUGCGUGUGUGUUUGUGCAGGUGUCUGCGGCGUAUGUGUGCGUAUAAUGUGUGUGUGUUUGUUCCAGACAGGGAAGGUGCAGUGUGUGGGUCCAGAGUGUCCUAAGCUGACCUGUAUGCAUCAGCUGACAGAACCAGGAACGUGCUGUCCUCGCUGCAGAGGUAACACACCAGCUUGGGCUUUGUAGUUGCCUUCCCAUAUAUUUAACAAGUUAUAGAUUUACACAAUUUAGCGCACUCUGUGGACGUAAAAUGUUGUGUGUGUGUGUAUCUCAGGGUGUGUGUAUGACAGAGAGGAGCAUGCUGAGGGCAGUAGCUGGUUUGCAGACUCUACUCCCUGUAUGAGCUGUAUAUGUGUGGACGGAGUGACCACCUGCUCGGAGGUCCGCUGUCUGUCCCCCUGCAUCAACACCAUCACUGUACCUGGGGAGUGCUGCCCUGUGUGUGCAGGUAACUAUAAUACACACACCCUGUUUACCUUCUGUGUUCCUCUGUUUAGUUCAGUGUCUCUGUGUGUGUUUGGUCAGACUGUGAUCAGUGUCUCUCUUUGUGUUUGGUCAGACUGUGAUCAGUGUUUCUGUUUCUGUUUGGUCAGACUGUGAUCAGUGUCUCUCUUUGUGUUUGGUCAGACUGUGAUCAGUGUCUCUGUUUGUGUUUGGUCAGACUGUGAUCAGUGUCUCUGUUUGUGUUUGGUCAGACUGUGAUCAGUGUCACUGUUUGUGUUUGGUCAGACUGUGAUCAGUGUCUCUGUUUGUGUUUGGUCAGACUGUGAUCAGUGUCUCUGUGUUUGGUCAGACUGUGUGUUUGAGGGCAGAGUGUACGGUCCAGGAGACAGCUUCCACCCUGCAGAUGACCCCUGUCACAUCUGCACCUGCGAGGUACUACACACACACACACACACACACACACACACAGCCUUGAGUCUAGAUACAGUAUUGUAGCAGGUGAUGGUGUUGUCAUUGUUUCCUGUGUCCAGGUGAUGCCGGAUGGAGAGCAGCACCUGAGGUGUUACCGUAAGCAGUGUCCCAGCCUG